UGGGAUGGCCGCCGCCGUGGUAGCUGCCGCCGCUUCUUAGUGCGGGUCCCCGCUCGGCGCGCCGGGGGCAGCGUCGCCGCCUCCUUUGUCCCGUCCGCCUGCCUGUGGUUCCCGGGGGCGCCGGCUUUCCCACGGCCAGCAGCAUGGGCCGGGAGUCACGCCACUAUCGGAAGCGAUCAGCAUCCCGGGGACGCUCUGGAAGUCGGUCUAGAAGUCGCUCACCUUCAGACAAAAGGAGUAAGCGAGAUGACAGACGGUCUAGAAGCAGAGAUAGAGAUCGAAGGAGGGAGCGGUCUCGGAGCAGGGAUAAAAGAAGAUCCCGGUCCCGGGACAGGAAGCGUCUGAGACGUUCCAGAAGUAGAGAGAGAGACAGAAGCCGAGAACGAAGAAGAUCUCGCAGCAGAGACAGGAGACGCUCAAGGAGUAGAAGCCGGGGCCGACGGUCCCGAUCCUCCAGUCCUGGCAAUAAAAGCAAGAAGACUGAGAAUCGUAGAUCGAGGUCCAAAGAGAAAGCGGAUAGUGGAGAAAGUUCGAAAGAGAAGAAAAAAGAUAAAGAUGACAAGGACGAUGAGAAAGAAAAAGAUGCUGGCAACUUUGACCAGAAUAAGCUGGAAGAAGAAAUGAGAAAGCGAAAAGAAAGAGUAGAAAAAUGGCGAGAAGAGCAGCGUAAGAAGGCCAUGGAAAACAUAGGGGAGCUGAAAAAGGAGAUUGAAGAGAUGAAACAAGGGAAGAAAUGGAGCUUAGAGGAUGACGACGAUGAUGAAGAUGAUGCUGCAGAAGCUGAAAAGGAAGGGAAUGAAGUAGAGGGUGAGGAGUUGGACCCACUCGAUGCUUACAUGGAAGAAGUGAAGGAGGAAGUGAAGAAGUUUAACAUGAGAAGUGUGAAAGGUGGCGGGGGAAAUGAGAAGAAGUCUGGACCCACGGUCACAAAAGUUGUCACUGUUGUGACAACCAAGAAAGCAGUCGUGGACGCUGAUAAGAAGAAGGGGGAGCUGAUGGAGAACGACCAGGAUGCCAUGGAGUAUUCUUCAGAGGAAGAAGAAGUUGAUCUACAGACGGCCCUUACAGGCUAUCAGACAAAACAGAGGAAACUUCUGGAACCCGUUGAUCAUGGAAAAAUUGAAUAUGAACCAUUCAGAAAAAACUUCUAUGUUGAAGUUCCAGAACUAGCAAAAAUGUCUCAAGAGGAGGUGAAUGUAUUUCGAUUGGAAAUGGAAGGUAUUACAGUCAAAGGAAAAGGUUGUCCCAAACCAAUUAAAUCUUGGGUCCAGUGUGGAAUUUCCAUGAAGAUCUUAAAUUCCCUCAAAAAGCAUGGCUAUGAAAAGCCCACACCUAUCCAGACCCAAGCAAUUCCUGCCAUAAUGUCUGGACGAGAUUUGAUUGGCAUUGCCAAAACAGGAAGUGGAAAGACCAUUGCUUUUCUGUUGCCCAUGUUUAGACACAUCAUGGAUCAGAGGUCACUAGAAGAAGGAGAGGGGCCAAUAGCUGUCAUCAUGACUCCGACUCGAGAAUUGGCUUUGCAAAUUACUAAAGAAUGUAAAAAGUUUUCAAAGACCUUGGGACUUCGAGUGGUGUGUGUUUAUGGAGGAACAGGAAUCAGUGAGCAGAUUGCUGAGCUGAAAAGAGGUGCUGAAAUUAUCGUUUGCACACCUGGUCGAAUGAUUGACAUGUUAGCCGCUAACAGUGGUCGGGUCACAAAUCUUCGAAGAGUGACAUAUGUUGUUUUGGAUGAAGCAGAUAGAAUGUUUGACAUGGGUUUUGAACCACAGGUCAUGCGCAUCGUGGAUAAUGUCCGUCCUGAUCGGCAGACAGUUAUGUUUUCAGCGACUUUCCCCAGAGCUAUGGAAGCUCUGGCUCGCAGAAUCCUGAGUAAACCCAUUGAAGUGCAGGUUGGAGGCAGGAGUGUGGUUUGCUCAGAUGUGGAACAGCAAGUGAUUGUGAUUGAAGAAGAAAAGAAAUUCUUGAAGUUGCUUGAGCUUCUGGGCCAUUAUCAAGAGUCGGGGUCUGUCAUCAUAUUUGUGGAUAAGCAGGAGCAUGCCGACGGUCUCCUGAAGGACCUGAUGAGAGCGUCCUACCCGUGCAUGUCUCUCCACGGAGGUAUUGACCAGUACGACAGAGACAGCAUCAUAAAUGACUUUAAGAAUGGGACGUGCAAACUUCUCGUGGCCACUUCUGUUGCUGCCCGAGGUCUUGACGUGAAGCAUCUGAUUCUUGUGGUCAAUUACAGCUGCCCCAACCAUUAUGAGGAUUAUGUGCACAGAGCAGGACGCACUGGAAGAGCAGGCAACAAGGGUUAUGCCUAUACUUUUAUCACAGAAGAUCAGGCUCGCUAUGCUGGGGACAUAAUUAAAGCUCUUGAAUUGUCAGGGACGACAGUGCCUUCUGACCUUGAGAAACUUUGGAGUGAUUUCAAGGAUCAGCAGAAAGCUGAGGGAAAAAUAAUUAAAAAGAGUAGUGGGUUCUCUGGUAAGGGAUUCAAGUUUGAUGAAACAGAACAAGCUUUGGCCAAUGAAAGGAAGAAGUUACAAAAAGCAGCUCUUGGACUGCAAGAUUCCGAUGACGAGGACGCUGCCGUUGAUAUUGAUGAGCAAAUUGAAAGCAUGUUUAAUUCAAAGAAGAGAGUAAAGGAUAUGGCUGCUCCUGGAACUUCGAGUGUCCCUGCUCCAACCGCAGGAAAUGCUGAGAAGUUAGAAAUUGCGAAGAGACUGGCUCUUCGAAUCAAUGCUCAGAAGAAUUUGGGCAUCGAGUCUCAGGUAGAUGUGAUGCAGCAGGCCACCAAUGCAAUUCUCAGAGGCGGCACCAUCCUCGCACCUACUGUGUCUGCGAAAACCAUUGCAGAGCAGCUUGCUGAGAAGAUCAAUGCCAAGCUCAAUUAUGUGCCUUUAGAGAAACAAGAAGAGGAGAGACAGGAUGGUGGACAGAAUGAGUCUUUUAAGAGAUAUGAGGAAGAAUUAGAGAUCAACGACUUCCCACAGACUGCCAGGUGGAAGGUUACCUCCAAGGAGGCUCUGCAGAGAAUCAGCGAAUACUCGGAAGCUGCAAUCACAAUCAGAGGAACGUAUUUCCCUCCUGGCAAAGAGCCCAAGGAAGGAGAACGCAAAAUCUACUUGGCGAUUGAAAGUGCCAAUGAACUGGCCGUGCAGAAAGCAAAAGCAGAAAUCACCAGGCUCAUAAAAGAAGAACUGAUAAGGCUGCAAAAUUCAUACCAACCGACAAAUAAAGGAAGAUACAAAGUCUUAUAAACAUCUGGAAAAAACAUUUUUACCUGUGCUGGUCUGUAAUAUGUGUGACAGUUGUUGUCUGAUGUUUACAAUGUAUUGUAAAUUAAGAUUUUAAAAAUUCUGUCUUGCUAAAUUUUUAAAUACAAGAAACCAGUAUUUGCUAAGAAAAUCUCUGUCAGUAAGUACCCCACCAUUAUUCAAACUGUAUUUAAAACAGACCUGUUUUCAGAGUGGAAUGUCCUCUAAUGUAAAACUUAAAUACUGAUAUUUUAGCUGUCUGGGUAAUAGUAAGGGGUUAACAGAUGGAGAUACUUGGACUUUGCAUUCACGGUAAUUAUGCACAAGUCACUGGGGUCUCCUCACCUUAACCUCUGUCAAUGAAAUUGUGAUCAUCUCCUGAAAAAAAUGUAAAAUUCUCUGCCAUAUUUUGUGCCCCCUUCCACCUUGAUAUUCUAUCUUACUUGACUCAGUGAAACAAUAUGAACUGGAUUUAAGGAUAUUGUAAUCGAAGUUUUACACAGUAGGUUCAGAGUUUUUGUUUCAGUUUUUACUGUAAAUGGGCAAUAGUUGGACUACUUUUGUUUUUUGUAAAAUUAAAGAUUUAUAGAAUAAGAAUUUUUUGCAUUUCUUUACACUGCAAAGAGUUUUAGUAUUUACUACUUACAGGUUCCUCUUGCAGCCUCUGGCUCUGUGCCCAGCUACUAAUUUUUAAUCAUCUUUAAAAGAAAGGGACUGUAGCCUAUAAAUAUUAGGUCCUAUAGCUUUUUCAUCCUGAAAGUGUUUAUACAUCUGUAUAUAUAGUACGUGCAUACACCUUAUGACUUGUAAUCUGAUUUCCUUCAGGAUUAUUGAGUAGGUUAUGAAUUUUUUCUUAGAAAUUUUAAAGCAUAGUGGUAUCCACGUUUUAGGAUUAAUAUGUCUUCAGCAUUUCUCAGUGAAAUUGAAUGCAAAGGAAUCAUAAAUUCUAUUUUCGAGCCCUCAAGACCUAGUACCUGACUAUUCUCAUGUAAAUUGCUAUAGUUGGCUUACCAAGUUUUCUUUUCUGAUGUAUAUUAGACUUCAUAUUAUUGUCAUUUCUUGAAAACUUUUUUUUUUUUCAGGAAUUAAAUAGUUCUUUUUCUUAAGUUACACAAAAAUUCUUUAGAUGUUAUUGGCUUACAGUUUUUACAACAAACAAAAAAAAAAUCAAAGCAUACUAUAGUCAUUUUAAUAGCAUAGUCAGUGGAGAACGUGACCAGGAGUGUCAGUCGUUAGUUUUCCAUAGGAGCUUAACCUUAUUGAAAAAUAGUCCAAUCGGGAGAUAUUCUUAGACUCCUCACAUAUUUACUUACUUUCCUGAAGGAAGAAAACAGAUGAAACACGUAUGACAGCAGAACCAGAUAAAUACUCUAAAAUUCCAGGCGUUGUGGCCCCCCGCCCCGAGUUUGUUUCUUUGCUUGUCUUUCCCACCUGGUGGUCGUUUGUUCCUGUGGUACAGUACAUGACGGUCCCACACUGGUGACACUUUGGUGCUCCCGUCAGCCAACUGGAUCACUCCCAGAUUCAGAGUUUUAUAUCAUUUUAGCAUUUCCUUUGUGUUUUUACAUGUUGUGAUGAGCCACUGAUAGUAUUUUGAUUUAAAAUGAAGCAUAAUUACUCUGUUAGUACAUUUUUAGUGUCACCAACUCAUUUUUAAAAUUUGAAUGAUGUACAGACUUCAAUUUGUUUUUAAUGCAAUAUCAAUAUUUGCUCAUGUUUUCUAAAUU